UCAGUGUUGUCAACGUUUGUGCCGCCACGUGUUACCCCAGUUGCUCGCUUUUCGCUUUAUUUUUUUUUUGCCUUGCUUUUCUGGAUCGAAAUUUCAGAAUUUGUUUUGUGUUUUAUUUAAAUCCCGAGUACACGAUGAAACGUCAAUUCAACCCCAAGGCCCCUGAGGAUCAGCAGCGCGAGAAGGAAGACUCGGCCAGUGGCUCCUCCCAAUCGCCCUCGAAUUCUCCGAAUUCACCGGAAUCGUCGUCGCAGCCCAGUAACUAUGCCAUUUUGUAUGUGGAUGUGGUUAAGAAUAUGACCAAGCUGGCGAUGUCACAGCCACCGCCACCGCCGCCUUGCCCACCACCAGAGUUCAGCCUGUUUCGCGAGGAUUUUCCCGCCCUGCCUGGCACGCGCAUCUCCUCCGUCUCGUCUUCGAUGGUUCCCGAUGACUGGACCGCCAUGUUGAGCGACGACGAGGGAGAUGAAGGCUCGCCCGAAUGCAUGGAUGAGCUAACAGUUAGUGGCAGCUCCGAGGAGGAUGAGGAGGAGGAGUUCCAGGAGGAAGAGCAGCUGCCACCGAUCAUCGCAACAGCCCCCGCCACUAUGGGCAUGCCGAUUCCAGUGGCCGGACCUUUCAACUGUAGCUUCCUGCCGCAGCUCUUUGGCUAUCUCAACAAUCCCGUAGGCUUCAAUGUCAGCCUGAUCUUUGGCAAGCAAUUCCUGCACGAGGGCGUAAGGCAGCGGGCUCAGCUUAGAUCCCUGGGCCACCAAAUUCCAUCGGCUUCAAGGUCCCAAGCUCCGCCCGGUUUCGAGAAUACGCAGCUCUAUGCGCGCCUCAAUAUGCACGAAAGCGGCAAGCCCUGCGGUGGCGUAUAUUUCGAGGGGGACUCCACCGACACCGAGGAGACAUGCAAAACGGAUGCGAACUUGGUGGACGGCUGCUUUGGAAUGCUGGGGCUGGCCAGAAACCUGGGACUGAUGCAGCAUAAUCCCCACCUAAAGGAACAAUUCUUCGGAGAAGAAUGCGACCAUGAAACCGAAUUUAAUUGCAAAUAUCAGCCUAAACACAAUCCUAUCCCGGAGUGGACACCACCCAAGGUGCCAAAGAACUAUGUCAUUGCUGGGAAAAUUGAUCUCCAGCAGCCAAAGAUGGAACAGAUGGAGGUGGAGCUGCUUUUCUAUUUCUUCUAUACAUUCACCGGCGACAUGAUGCAGUUGCUGGCGGCUGCCGAGCUGGCAGAGCGCAGCUGGCGCUACCACAAGGUGGAACACUUGUGGAUCCUGCGGCAGAUGGACAACCCGAACUACAUUUAUAGGGGAUUCCAGGAGUCUGGCGAGUACAACUACUUUAACAUGUUCAAGUGGAGGAUCCUGCCGCGCUACUUUCAACUGGAGCCCGAGCAUCUGGAGCGGACGUUGAGCAAGGAUGAGCUGUACGAGGAGUAUGGCUAUCAUCCGCAAAUGGCGCGUUGAUGGGAGGUUCUUGGCGGUCUUGGAUUUGUUUUGUCCAUGGUCAGAAGUUUUAUAAAACAAAGAUUGUAGGAGGGUUUUUAAACUCAAAGAAUUUUUUUUUUCUGAAAUAAUUUCUCAACUAGAUUUGUGGUUUAUAAUGUGGUUUUAUCCUUGAAAUCUUUAAAUCUUUCCUUUUAAUUUUUAAAAAUGCUUUAAUGCUUUUAACAUGAAAAAAUAUCAUGGAAAGGCAUGACA